UUCGUCUUUGCAGAGGUCACAUUCACAACUUUCUGUCUGGCUGUCCGUUCCAGGGCAAGGUUUCCAGAGGCCAGCGGAACCGCUGGGCAUGCCCUCUUGGGUUAGAAGAAGCUUUGAAGGGAUUGGAGGAGGGGGCGAAAUGUUGAGAAGGUGGAGAAUAGGGAUCAUGUGUGUUCCUCGAAUGUACAACCCACAUUUGAGUGACAAAUGACGAGGACAACCUGUAAAAACAACUAAGCACAAAUCCACCCGAAUCCAUCUCGCUCCGGAUGCGUGUGCUUUUUCCAACUAACUUUGGGAAGUCGCAGAGCCCCAGCGGUGCGGCCUGUGCCACCUCGCCUCUCCUCGCCUCCACUUUGGCAUUUUAAGUGAGUACCGCCCUCAGCGGUUCCUCUUCUUUUUCCGGACUAAGGAUGGAGGAUCCCUCCAUCUCCACAGCUCUGCCUCCCGCGCCCAACCUCUCCGUCCCCAUCCUGCCGAGCUGGGGUCUCAACCUGACUUCGGAACGCGGAGCCUCUGUCGCGGUACCACAGCCGCAGCCACGAAGGCAACCCAGCCACCCGGUCCACCUGGUCUUCAUGGGAAUCAUCCUGGUGGUCGCGGCGGCGGGCAACACCACGGUGCUAUGCCGCCUGUGCGGCGGCUGCAGCCGGCCCUGGCCGGGUCCCAAGCGUCGCAAGAUGGACUUCCUGCUGGUGCAGCUGGCAGCUGCCGACCUGUACGCGUGCGGGGCCACUGCGUUGUCGCAGCUGGCUUGGGAGCUGCUGGACGACCCGCGUCCAGCUCUGGGCGACCUGGUGUGCCGCUUGUCGCAGCUUCUGCAGGCAUCCGGGCGGGGCGCCUCCGCCCACCUGGUGGCGCUCAUCGCCCUGGAGCGCCAGCUCGCUGUGCGCCGUCCCCAGGGCCCGCAGCUGCCGGCGCGCGCCCUGGCUGCCCUGGGCUGGCUGCUGGCGCUGCUGCUGGCACUACCGCCGACUUUCGUGGUGCGCUGGGGCGCUCCUCCACCCACGGCCAUCAGCGCCUGGCCGGCGGAGCCUCGCUGCCGGGGCAUCUUCGCCCCACUGCCACGCUGGCACCUGCAGGUCUACGCCCUCUACGAAGCUAUCGUGGGUUUUGCGGCGCCGGUCGCUAUCAUGGGUGUCUCUUGCGGCCACUUGCUGUGUGCCUGGUGGCAGCGCGGGACCCAGGCUCCGGUGGCUGGGGCACCCCGGUCGGCCAGUCCGGCCCGAGCCCCCUUGCCCAAUGCACUACCCCGCGCUAAGGUGCAGAGCCUGAAAAUGAGCCUGGCGCUGGCGCUGCUCUUCGUGGGCUGUGAGCUGCCCUACUUCGCCGCCCGCUUGGCGGCUGCCUGGUCGUCCGGGCCCGCGAGUGACUGGGAGGGAGAGGGUCUAGUGGUGGCGAUGCGCGUCGUAGAGGUGGCCAGCAGCGCCCUCAACCCUUUCGUCUACCUCUUCUUCCAGGCGGGCGACUGCGGGCUCUGGCGGCGGCUACGGAGGCGCCUGGGCUUUGUGUGCUGCGUGCGGGAGGGAGAAGCGGAGAUCCACGAGGGAGCUGGGGACCACCAGGCACUCCACCGCCACCGCUGGCCCCACCCCCAUUAUCACCAUGCCCGGCGGGAAGAGAGGGACCAGGGCUGCCUACGCCCACCCCCGCCGCGCCCCAGACCGCCGCCCUGCUCCUGCGAAAGUGCCUUCUAGGAGCUGCUGCCUGGCCAGGUCAUUGGUCCCUGUGGCACAGCCUCCAGGCAACACGGGGCAGGACGUAGAGGUCUGCCCAAACCACAAAGGGUGGAAUUGUCCCCUGGAUCUUCUGAAGCCGUCCGCUUCCUCCCUGCUGUCAUAAUUCCUUCUUACGAGGACGUGGAUUUCACUUGUUUUCUCCCCAGUUCCUUUCUUAUUCCCUGUUUGGAAAGCUUUAAAAGUUCAUCCGAGUUCCAGAGUUAUAACUUUUGCAAUGUUCUUUUAUACUCCAUUGUGUUCUGGAUAAGACCAUUUAUUUUAACUAAAUUGCCAAAUUUCUUUUCGUCGCCGUGUUGUUUUAGUUAUUUUGAAUUGUGCUUAAAUCAAGUACAUCUUUGGGGAGCAGCAAAUUUGCUGUUCCUUCCAAGAGGAAAAUCCCAUGAUGCUAUUCCUGGGGAGAUUAGGAGCCCUACUGUAGGAAAGUAAUCAUUUCCCAUGCAGCGGCUACAACAGUUUCAACAUGGUAAUGCAUUUUCUGGUAAGAACAUCGGCGUGGCUUUGGUUUUCAUCUAACUUCCACAUCAAUAAAAACUGAGUACAGGAGACGAA